AUGGUUUCGACGACAAAUUGGUCCGAGCGCUUUGCUGACCUCAAGCGCGAAAUUGUGGCAGCGAUUCCCGACUAUGAAAGGCGCUUGACUCAGUCUUGGAACGAUCUUCUCCAGGAACUCGAUGAGCGCACGACAGAAAUCGUCGAUGAGGGCUCCAACUACAUCCCUCAAGUCCAUUUUCAGUAUCUAGACACGCUGGUCCCUGAGCAACUCGAUGAUAUUCGACGUAAGGGCUCUAUUGUCAUUCAUGGUGUUGUUGAGGAGGGUGAAGCUGUCGAGUGGAAGACUGCGUUGGAAGAUUUUAUCAAAGCUAACCCUCACGUCGAAGGUUUUCCGGAGCAAGACAAGCAGCUCUCCUUCCUUUACUGGACCCGAGCACAAGUACAAGCACGCGCCCACCCUAACGUUCUCAAAGUUUGCACUUGGAUUAAUAACCUGUACCGUGCAAAGACCGACAAGAAAAUGGAAGGCGUCGGCCUCGAUGUUCCGUUGGUAUAUGCAGAUUCGUUCCACAUCUGUCGCCCUGGUGUACCAUGGAAUGUUCACCCCCCUCACGUCAAUGAUGGUUCCACAGAGCGCUGGGAGGAUAGCAACUUCCGCAGGUAUUUCGCAGACAUAUUAAGUGGUAACUGGCGCCAGCACGACCCCUAUGAACUUGAGGGCCGUCUUGAUGCUCGUGUAUCCCUGAGUGGAAAACCUGGACAGGCAACUGCGUUCCGAACCUUCCAGGGUUGGCUGGCUAUGACUGAAACCGGUCCCACCCAAGGUACCCUGAAAGUAUUCCCCGAUGUGCCCUUGUCAAAUGCGUACACCAUCCUCCGCCCAUUCUUCCGACCUACUGUUCCUCUCGACUCUGAGGACAUACUUGAUCCGAAGAACUGGAUGUUUGAUAUUUCCACUCCUGAUUUUCCUGGCAUUCAGCCUUGCGACAGCGGCUUGGUCGGCCAACAACCCACCCCUGACUUGCAUCCUCAUCUCAGGCUAGAAGAUACAAUGAUCUCUGUUCCAAAAUUCAAUCCUGGUGACAUGAUAUUUUGGCAAUGCGAUGUCAUUCAUUCCAUAGAGCAAGAGCACACCGGUUCACAUGACUCUGCUGUCAUGUACAUCCCAGCUGUCGCAAUUACAUCAACGAUUAUCGACACUGUUCCGCAGACCCCUCAAAAUACGGCCUAUGUUAAAAGGCAGGCUGAGACCUUCCUCGCCGGUACUAACCCACUUGAUUUCGCAAGCGAUGGGACGGACCUUCCGUACGUUGGACUUGGCGUUGAUGCAGAUAUCGUCCAGCCUAUCAGCCGAAUCGCGAUGGGUCUCCCUGUUGCUGUCGCAUAA